GCUCGCUUACUCGCGUUCCUCGAGCUCGCAGUAAUAAGUGGAUGACCUUUCCGCGCCGUGUUAUGUCUCCACGGUGAGGGAUUGGGGCUCGCAGAUAAUAAAGGCCGAGCCGCGUGCCGAGCGCCUCUCAGUCACCGACGGGCGCGGAGUGGCGGGGAGGCCGCCGGAAGCCCAUGUCAAAGCGGACGGACACCUGUAGCGCGGCUGCAGAGCAGAGCGAGCCACUCGCGGAGCCACGCCACGCGGAGCUGCUCUCUCCUCACCUCUCCUGUCCUCCACGCGUCUCGCCGCGUAGAGGAGAGCGCUGAGGUGCCGCACGCGCACACGACACGGCCAUGCUCGCGCUCUGAACUUCAGCUCUCAGUCUCUGUGUGUGUGGAUAUUGUUGGAAAGCUGCGCUGAGGUGAGGUGAGCUGAGCUGAGCUGAGCUACACGUCCUCACGCGUUGCCUCAUCCCAGUUGCCAAGUGAGUCUUUCGCGUAACUUGGCCGACAAGGUAUACAAAUGCUCUCCGUCCAGCCAGACACGAAGCCGAAGGGCUGUGCUGGCUGCAACCGCAAGAUCAAGGACCGCUACCUGCUGAAGGCCCUCGACAAGUACUGGCACGAGGACUGCCUCAAGUGCGCCUGCUGCGACUGCCGCCUGGGAGAGGUGGGCUCCACACUCUACACCAAAGCCAACCUCAUCCUCUGCCGGCGGGACUACCUGCGGUUGUUUGGCGUGACAGGGAACUGCGCAGCUUGCAGUAAGCUCAUCCCUGCCUUUGAGAUGGUGAUGAGGGCCAAAGACAAUGUCUACCACUUGGACUGCUUCGCCUGCCAGCUCUGCAAUCAGAGGUUUUGUGUGGGAGACAAAUUCUUCCUGAAGAACAACAUGAUAUUGUGCCAGACAGACUACGAGGAGGGCCUCAUGAAGGAAGGAUAUGCGCCCCAGGUCCGCUGAAGCCCAGCCUCCGACCCACCUCCCCCCCCACCCCAGACAACGAAGAAGUAACUACAAAAGAGGACCUGCAAUCAGAUGUCAAAAGCACUAAUACCUUUUUAUCAUCCGCCCCAUAUGUACAUAACCCCUGCCUUGGGGAUCUGCUGUAUAGAGUGGCUGUAGAAAUUGGACACAAUUCAGGCGAAGAUCCCCCUCCCCCCCCAUAAGGUCACACUAGACUGAGUGGGAUGUUUUAUUCAAGGAAUACUCCCCGCCGCAUCUCCCUGACCCACCCCAGGCUAUGAUCUCUCACCACCUUCACCCUCUGGCUCCCAGUGCCAACAACGCCUUAUCAGGGGACCCCACCCUGCACCCCAAGCACUGUUGGACACCCCCGUAAGCCCUGAUGACAGCACCCUCUUGGGAUGAGGAAAAGGACGAACGAUUCAAACCAAAUGGAGAUGUUAAUGUAAGCGUGAUCACAACGGUGAGAUGGAGCCACCUUAAGAUCUCAGGUUGAAAGGGGUUUCUCGUACCUGUCCUCCCCAGUCCCCCCAACACAGUUUUUUCCUUGCUCUGCUCUGAACUGACAUAGAUUUGGGACCGGGAUUCUGAUGCCCUGGCCGUUAACUAGAUGGGGCAUAAUUUUCAUUGUGUGGGUCUACCUAUUUAGCAAAUUUUAUGCCUGUCAUUUCUCUGCAUUGGGAAUUCAUGAUCUAUAAGUAUUCCACAAAUGACUGAAAAGAGAGUAUGAGAGUUUGUUUAAUAAAUGUAUUUAACUGAUAUGCUUUCAAUCAAAAGUUUGCAGGUACUUGAGCUUAAUUGCUGUCCCUCGCAGCAGAAGGCCUUAUUGGAAUGUCACUUGAGAACAACAUUGUCAGUAUUAGACCAGCUUGCGAAUGUGGUUGCCUUAAGAUACGGCUUGUCCCAUGCCGCAGGUUAGCAUUACCGCGGUACGCCUGUGGUCCAAUGGGUAGCGUCACCUUUUGCUUAUGGUUAAAGGAGCAAUUCGCCGCUAAACCCGCAGACCACUUGGUUUGACUUUAAACCACUAUGUCGAAGAGUCACUUUCAUAACAUACUAAACCAGGCAACCGUUUUGCAAAAUCUGAAGACCAAUUGAUUCUCACUUUGAAUUGCAGUUGUAUAUACAAUUUGUUUCUUUGCUUGCUAUUGUAUAAUGAUUUCUUUUUAUGUGUCAGACAGCAUGAAAUGUUUAU